AUGCUGGCCUUUGAUCCCCGGACGUCGGGGCCCCAGGAUGGACUGGCCACCAGCGUCCCCCCCGAUGGACCCACCCGUUCCUCCCCAGACCCUGGCGAGCCGCAGGGGGAGCAGACCCUGGGCGACGGCCGGACAGUCAUCACCUUCCCCAGCGGGACGCAGAAGGAGGUCAGCGCCGACAGGAAGUCCAUCACCAUCCGGUUUUUCAACGGAGACAUAAAGAAGAUCAAGCCAGACCAGAGAGUGGUUUACUACUAUGCUCAGGCACAGACGACCCACACCACCUACCCCAGCGGAGAGCAGGUGGUGCAGUUCCCCAACAAGCAAACAGAGACGCUGUACCCCGAUGGCUCCAAGGAGAUAGUGUUUCCAGACGGGACCGUGAAACGCCUCAGGGACGGUCACGAGGAAACCCUGUUUCCUGAUGGGACCACUGUUCAAGUGAGCAGGAAUGGUGACAGGACUGUCCUGCUCAGCAAUGGGCAGAGGGAGAUCCACACGGCACAGUUCAAGAGGCGGCAAUUCCCCGAUGGCACGGUGAAGACCGUGUACUGCAAUGGCUGCCAGGAGACCAAGUUUGCAUCUGGGAGGGUGAGGGUCAAAGACAAGACUGGACGUACCAUCCUGGACCACAAGUAGUACAUGGAUGCCGCCUGGUGCCCAAGCCCCUGUCUCUUAGAAAAUACAAACACAAAUUUGCAGCCACAGAACUUUGGUAUUAAAAGGUAUAGAAGGUC